AUGGCGCCGCCGUGCUCGCCGCGGCGCCCCAUCUCGGCGCCGUGCUUCCUCAUCUGCUUCCUCCUCGGCUUCGUCGCCGGCCUCUUCUUCUUCGCGCACCGCCACCUCCACCUCGACCACCAGCUCCCGCUGCCCUCCGCUUCAGAGGCCGUCACGGACCCUCACCCGCUGCCGCCGCCGCCGCCGCCGCCGCCGAAGCCUCUACAGCCGAAGUUGCUCCUGGUCGUCACGCCGACCCGCGCCCGCCCGCUCCAGGCCUACUACCUGCGCCGGCUCGCGCACACGCUCCGCCUCGCGCCGUCCCCGCUGCUCUGGCUCGUCGUCGAGGAUAGCGCCGCCACGAGCGAGACGGCCGCUCUGCUCCGCGGCUGCGGGGUCAUGUAUCGCCACCUAUCCUCCCCCGCCCCCGAGCCGCCCCAGGAGCCCCGCCGCCGGAGGCAGGACCUCCCCGUGGACAGCCGCCUGCGCCGCCGGAACGCGGCGCUCGACCAUAUCGAGCACCACCGCCUGCACGGCAUCGUGUACUUCGCCGACGAGACCAACGUCUACUCCCUUGACCUCUUCCACCACCUUCGCCAGAUAAGGAGUUUCGGCACCUGGCCUGUCGCAAUGCUUGCCCCGGGGAAGAGCAAGACGAUACUGGCAGGGCCGGUGUGUAACGGGAGCCGGGUGGUGGGGUGGCAUACGGCCGAGAAGAGCAGGAGGCUGCGUAGGUUCCAUGUGGACAUGUCAGGCUUUGCUUUCAGCAGCACUAUGCUGUGGGACACCAAGAAGAGGGCUCAUCAGGCCUGGAAUUACAUCCGGCUGCUGGACACGGUCAAGCAGGGGUUUCAAGUGACGACAUUUAUAGAACAACUUGUGGAAGAUGAAACUCAUAUGGAGGGCAUACCAGCUGGCUGUUCAAAAAUCAUGAACUUUCAUCUUCAUAUGGAAGACAGAGAUCUUUUAUAUCCAAAGGGUUGGCAAAUCACGGAAAACCUGGAUGUUGUUAUUCCUCUGAACCAAGAAGGAAGUACACGAGUGUAGCUCCUUGUUUACACUGCAGAUAACCUUCAGCCAUCAGCAAAAAGGAUGAAUGUAUAUCUCCAAGCCACCGUAACACAACCUUCUUCGAGCGAACUAUAGGCCAGCGAGAACAUAAAGUACAAGCGGUUCUUUAGGCAAAGUUGGCUGGGGGGGCCUUGUGGAUUGGGUGUACAUACAACAUACAAAUGGAAACUUGCACCUAUUUUUUACAUCUUGUAUGCAAGAUUCCGCUAACUCCUGAUGUCAAUUUUGGUAACUUUCAUCUUCUACCUUUGUACAUUGUAAUCUCUAUGCCACCUUGCCGCAAGAUACAUGUGAGGAUCCUUGUAAUGUAUGGGGGGAAAGAUCGAGGGGUUUAUGUAAAAUGAGAGCCAUGAA